GCUUCCAUAGCUGAUUAGCAGAGGAACAAAGAUGCCUGAAUAUUGUGUGACUGGAGGAACAGGGUUCAUAGCUGCUUACUUGGUGAAGGCUUUGCUAGAAAAUGGCCAUGUUGUACGGGCCACUGUGCGAGACCCAGAGGAUUUGGGGAAGGUUGGUUAUCUGUGGGAGCUGAAUGGAGCCAAGGAAAGGCUUAAGUUAAUGAAAGCUGAUCUUAUGGUGGAAGGAAGCUUUGAUGAAGCCAUACAAGGAGUUGAUGGAGUCUUCCACACCGCAUCACCUGUGCUCGUUCCCUACGAUAACAAUGUUCAGGCGACUUUGAUUGAUCCAUGUAUAAAGGGCACCUUCAAUAUGCUGAGUUCCUGCUCGAAAGCACGCGUGAAAAGGGUUGUGCUCACAUCCUCUUGUUCUUCAAUAAGAUACCGUUACGAUGCCCGGCAGGCCUCUCCCCUCAAUGAGUCACAUUGGAGCGAUCUUGAAUACUGCAAACACUUCAAUCUCUGGUACGCCUAUGCAAAGACAACAGCCGAGAAAGAGGCGUGGAGAAUUGCUGAGGAGAGUGGAAUGGAUUUAGUGGUGGUGAAUCCGUCUUUCGUUGUUGGUCCUCUGCUAGCACCACAACCUACAAGCACACUACUUAUGAUACUGGCAAUAGUUAAAGGUUUAAGAGGAGAAUAUCCAAAUACAACAGUAGGAUUCGUGCACAUAGAUGAUGUUGUAGCUGCACACAUUUUGGCAAUGGAGGAAAGCAAAGCAUCAGGCAGGCUUAUAUGUUCAAGCUCAGUAGCGCACUGGUCACAGAUCAUUGACAUGCUCAAGGCCAAAUAUCCAUCCUAUUCAUAUGAAAGCAAGUGUAGCAGCCAGGAAGGAGACAGUAACCCACAUACCAUGGACACCACUAAAAUUGCUCAACUGGGUUUUCCUCCUUUCAAAACGCUUGAGAAAAUGUUUGAUGACUGCAUCACAAGUUUUCAUGAGAAAGGGUUUCUGUGAUUUCAUCUCACAAAUGGCAGGACAUUUCUAAAGUUAUAUUAUAUUUCUAAUAAGCAGGGCCUCUAAUCA